AUGGUUAAUGUAUUCAAUACAACUGGAAAAUCGAAUAUGCGCUAUAAAUCCGAAAUUAGACAUUGGGUUCCACAAAAAUUGUUUUUCGGCGGUAUUCAAAGACAAACUUUAUUUCUAUUUUAUGGUAUCAUUUUUGUGCAGCCUACUUUUAAGGAACUUCGACCCUCGGUUACUCGUGUGGCCGAUAACGCCAAUAACUCCGAUAAAUAA